UGUUCUCUAGCAGUUAGCUACCUAGCUACAGGGUAACCAAAAGCAAAUAGCUUCUGAAAAUGUACUUCAUGUAUUGUUUAGCCAUGUUAAGUUACGUAGCUACUAUAAUCACUAGUUAGUGUUCCAUAUGCGAAUAACGCUUUAUUCUAGAAUCUAGAUAAAGCUAAAUUGCACUAUGCUAACGUUAGCUAGCUAGCGUCAAGAUAAUUAGCUAAUCCCAGGAGAUAAUGUAGCUAGCUAGGAUAGCUAUAGCAAGGUGCGUGAUUUAAUGUUACAAAACUGUGACUAAUGAUUAUUUUCAAAUGGGAUAAACAAGUAUCAUCAACCCAUGGAUAGUGUUCUUGUUCCUACGACCACUAGGUUCAACCGAGAGUGACGUAGACUAAAGACGGGUUCACGUUGCUAGCUAGGCUAGCGGUAGCUGUACUAACCUGUUUGGAGCCGGGAGCCCUUGGUGUUAUCUCGCUUGGUCAGCUUCACUUUGCAUCCUCCCUGUGCUGCGUGUGAUGUGGAUUGCUUAUUUAUCUCUGAUUCCCAACUGUUCCGAUGGCUGUUCGAUGGCUAUGCAGCCUGUUUGGGAAGCCCUUUGAUGGUGGGAAGAGGAUGGACAAUGGCAGCCAGCUCCACCCCUCCAUGGCUCGCCUCCAGGAGAUCCAGCAGGAGGUGGCCAGGCUGGGCCAGCAGGUGUGCGCCUUCAGCGGGCUGCAGAGCGACCGCGAGUACCGGCGCCUGGAGCGCGAGCUCUCCCGCCUGCAGAUGGAGACGGACCAGGUGGAGACGGAGGGCAAGGCCGAGCUGCAGCGCGCCCGCAAGCAGGCGGCGCAGGAGCUGGAGGGCCUCCUACGCUACCUGGAGGAGAACGCCACGCACCCGUCGCGCCUGGCCAUCGAGGAGCUGAGCCAGGAGGCGCAGCGGCUGGUGGAGCAGGGCGUGGUGGAGCCUCAGCGCGCGGGCGCGGCCGAGAUCGGGGACGAGCUGGUGGACGCCGUGCAGGAGCUGGUGCUGCGGCUGACGCAGGUGAAGACGGGCGGCCGCGUGCCCCUGCGGAAGGCGCGCUACCGGGCGCUGACACGCGUGUGCGCCGUGCAGGACGUCAUCGAGGGCCGCGCCCGCCAGCAGACCCUGCCGCUGCCGCUGUCCGAGGGCACGCACGCGGCCGUGCAGCGCAUCAACCAGGUGAUGGUGCAGGUGAGCGGGGCCCGCAGCCAGCUGGUGGCCCUGCUCAUGGGGCUGAGCGGGAGGGACAGCUGCGCCCACCUCUCCCGCGUCCUCACCGAGCUCCUGGUGGAGCUGGACGCCCUGGACGUGUCCGGGAACGCGUCGGUCAGGAACUACCGCAAGCGCGUGGUGGAGGAGAUCAACGGCCUGCUCAAACACCUGGACCUGGAGGGAGAGGGAGACGACACCUGCAGGUACGAUCUGGCCCAGAACGACUCCAUCCGGCAGAUCGAGGCGGUGCGCGGGCGGGUGGCCCAACUCCAGGGGGAGAUGCUGCGGCAAGGCGGGGCGGGGGAGUUCAGCUUCAGGCCCAAGGCGGAGCUGCAGAGCCUGCUGACGCACCUGGACCAGGUGGACACCGCCCGCAACCCCUGCAUCCGCGAGGCCCGGCGCCGUGCCGUGCUGGAGCUCCAGGCCCUCAUCACCUUCCUGGACCUGCGGGAGGGGCUGGAGAGGAGGCAGCCCGGCCCGGAGGAGCACCCUUCCCACAGGGCCGUGUGGCAGGUCCUGGCCAGCCUGUCGGACCUGCAGGCCCAGGUGCUGUGCUUCGACGGCAAGCGCGCCGACAAGAGCUACAUGAUGCUGGAGGAGCUCCUGACCAAGCAGCUGCUGGCCCUGGACGCCGUGGACCCGCAGGGCGACCCCAUGACCAAAGCCGCCCGCAAGCAGGCCGUCAAACUGGCCCAGAACAUCCUCAGCUACCUGGACAUGAAGACUGACGAGUGGGAGUAUUGACCCCUCGCCUCGGACCCUCCCGCGUUCCUGCUCCCGAACGCAGACGGCAUGAUGUCAUAUCACCCAACAGGUCUGCAGACUGGACAUGCCUUCCGCUGCGGCAGCUACCCGUGUGUAAGGUAAUCUGUGUGUAGGGAGUGUGUAAAUAUUAACGGAAGAGACUAGAAUGCACUGCAGUGGUGGUCUCCAUUUUGCCAUGGCAAAACCGAACACGGAUUCUUUUGUUGAUGACCUUUAGGAGAAAAGGUCCGCGUAUUACUCUUCCAUUGUGUGCUUGAAGUAUCUACAGCAUCCCCGAAAGCUUGCUUGUGAUUUUUACUUGUCCUUGUUGGUGUGGUGCUCGAACCUGGACCAGAAGCCUGCUGCCAACGUGCCGCUGGGUCUGCUUUCUGCUUGGCUGUGUGUUCGUCUGAUUCCCAUUCGGACAGCUAAUAACAAUUCUCUCAGCGACAAGGGGUUAGCCUUGCAUUUUCAAACAAUGGCUCUGCAAUUCCUUUUAUCUGCACAAAAUUUAGUCUGUCAGAAAAUAGGCCCAAAAUAUCUUGCUAGCAGAAAUUAUGCACUUUAUUUAUAGAAUGUGUUUUAUUUGCCUGUCGUAAAAAUUCACUCUCCAAUUAUACCUUCAAGCUACUUCACUGCAAGAUGUCCACCCUACCGUCCUGUCACUACCAUAUCAUUUAAGUGUUAAAAACCACCUCCUACACAGCAUCCUACAGUAGUGUGGGGGAGAAAACACACGCGAUCCAGCUAAGAGCAUGAAACCUCCCCCAGUGGAACGAGGCCAGAGACCAACCUAUCAGAAGCACCAUCAAACAAACGAAUGAAUCAGCUGCCUUUGUGUGUCUGAGUCUGCCUGGACUUGUGAACCGCUGUGGUGAACAGCUCUGCAACUCAUUUCUAAUUGUGUAAAGGGAAGAGGAGAGUGUCUCCGUGUGACCCGGAGGCCAGGGGUGUCAUGUUCGAAGUGUAGAUGGAGAUCGGAGUGGACGGGGUCGGCCUCCGCUCUGUUGAGUCGCACAAGGGGCUGUUUCAUCAGGGCGACGUGCCUUGCCUGUGUACCGAGGGAGGGGAGAGUGUCUCCUUGCCCUACUAAAUUAUUCAUUUCAAGCACAAAACUAGAGUAGCCGUAGCCGGGUACCCAGUCCCCUCUAAAGUGGAGAAAUCGGUACAGUUGCAGGAGACCAGGCUUGAGGUGGGGGGGGGGGGGGGGGGGGGGCGUUGACCGACGUGGUGUGGUGGAGUCAGGGGUGCUCCGUUCAGGAGCAUGCACACAGGCUGCCCGCUCAUAUUUGCACUUACGGCUUCUGUGUGGUUUUAACCGUCUGUGGGGACCCCCAUCACCCUCAGCCAGUCACCAUCUGCAUGAGGUCCACCUGGUUGAGGCGAGCAGCCCUGCGCUCUUCACCGUAAUCAGAGGAGCGCCCGGGCAGUGGAUUAGCCCGGACGGCCAUCGCAGGGCGCAUCUGCCCCGGCAACAACCAUCCACAGCAGCUCAUCGGCAUAAUCCACCGCAACAACCUACAUCGCCCUGGUUACAGCAAGAUUUCAGCCAAUCGGACACCGCACUGGACAAUGGAUAAUGUAUAGCGGCCACAGACAGUACUAAAAUGACUGCAUCCUCUCAACCAUUCUAAUAUACUUUAUGAAUGUGCUCUUGAUUUGUGGCCACCAGUUCCUUUAAAAAGAGAAAAUAAGUUGCUUUUCUUGUUAAGUAUGAGUAGCUUUGGUCUCCCAAGUAUAGGAGAGCUGUUCUCAUUUCUGUUACCGACUUUCCAUCAAUAAUAGGUCAAAUAUCCAA